UGUCACUGACUGAAUUCAGUCAAAUGUCAUCUGGAGAACUUCCUUCACGACCCGGAUUUUAAAAGAUCAAACAUUAAUAGACCGGUUUGACAUUUUUUGCCUCUACCACAGUGUGUAUAAAAUCUCAACUCACUCUUCUCAGAGGUUAAAUCCAAAGGAGGAGCAGCAAGCAGAUCAGUCAAACUAGAAAGUUGUCUGCGAAAAAAACCCAACUAGUUCAACUACUGAGCUCACCUGAUUAGAACGACAGCAAUGGCAUUGACGGUCAGACGUGAACAUUCUGUUCUUCCGAUGAUUGUAAUGCUGCUGAUAUCAAGCAGUCACUGUCAACGUGAUUCGGAGACUACAGGACAACCAACAGGCUCAUCAAGUUGCUGCAGUGCUUGCCUCCCAGGCCACCCUGGGGUACCUGGGAUCCCAGGAAAUCCGGGGGGAAUCGGAGUUCAAGGACCCAAAGGUGACCCCGUGUAUGGCCUCCCUGGACCCAAGGGAGAGAUCGGCGAACAGGGACGGAAGGGGGAUCAAGGCGAGCCAGGGGUGGAGGGACCUUUGGGGAAGCUGGGACCUGCGGGUCGCAAGGGAGACAUCGGUGAGGGACAGAAAGGUGACCAGGGGGAGCCAGGGCUCGAGGGACCGCAAGGUCCCGCGGGUCCGCAAGGUCCCGCGGGUGAAACGGGGCAGAGGGGCCAACCGGGAGAAGCUACCCUUGUGACACCCACAGCGCCCUCUGCCGUCGCAUUCAGCGCUUACCGAACGUCACGUGUCACCGGUAGCACUGGCGAUGUCAUCAUCUUUGACAGCAUCAUGACGAAUAUCGGAGACAGGUACGAUUCGCAGUCGGGUGUGUUUACAUGCGCACAACCUGGAGUCUACUUUUUCACAACCAGUUUUCUUAGUAUAAACUCAGCAACGCGGCCUCUUGUAAAGCUAAAAAAGAACGGUGAUCUUAUUUUUUCGAUCUAUGACAACCAUAACAGUUAUCACCACCAGUCCAGCAAUUCGGCAGUCCUUAUCUUGGCUACGGGAGACAGAGUCUGGCUUGAGUUUGGCAGCGGUGGCACAGGUAUUUUCAGCAAUGCAGAUAGAUAUGCUUACUUCUCUGGCUUUUUGAUCCAUGCAGUGUAAAGCAAAAAUCUGAGAAACCUGUAAUCACCGUGUCCGUUCUAUUCUGACCCUUCGAUUCUUGGCUACACUUUCUCCCCAGUCAAUAUAUGGUUAUAAACUAGUAAAUGCAAAGCUAGCUUUCAUGAAAUUACUAAUUACUUCAGUUCCGCAAUAAUGAAAGAAGUAUUCACAGCAGUUCCACCAGGUAUUUCUUUUUACUUCUCUGACUUUAUGAACCCUACGAUAAAACGCAACUCAGUGUAAAGCAAACUCAUUUGAAUUUUUCCAAGAGCCAAAUCAAGCUUGUAACAUUGAUACAUUCUCACAGUUUUGCUGGUGCCACAUGUGUCCGUAGAAAAAAAUACAUUAUUAUAAAAAGCUGAAAUAUUUGUUUUUGAAUUAACUUCAACAGCAGCAGUUUAUGUAGUCUUGGUUCAAAGACCUUCGAAUGUUUUUAAAUAUUUUUCUCUCUUCACUCAGGACUCUACCAUAUUGAUUUUGAGUGGUUUUUCUCCUAUCUCUGAUAGGAAUCCAGCUCAUUGUACUUUUUCAAUUCACGGCUUACGCAAUUCAGUUUAUCAAAAUAGUGUAGCGCCAGUACUUAGUGCGCCCUCUGUCGAUGACAGUUACAAAACGCAAGUAUCCCUCAAACAUGAGACGCGAAACAAGACGUACCAGAUAGUAACCGUUGCGUCUUGCACCAAGACUACAGUUAUGUUGAUCCUAAUCAAAAGCAAUGUAUACCUUAUUGUUGAAGCUGCAUAUACAUGGGCGUUUGCAAUAAAAAUGAGAAACGCUUUUUUUUGCACUGAACUAAUACUGUUACGUGUAGUUGUAAUUUGACGUAGCCUGUAUCAGUUAGCCUGAUUUAGGUAAUAAAAAUUACAUAUUUUAUUGCAUGA